AUUAUUCAAUUUUACAAUAAGCAAUAUCUAUUCACACUUUUACAAACUUCAGCUAGAUAAUAAAUGAAAACAGGGUGUUUAGAAACUGGAAUCUAAUAAAAACUAGAAACAUUUGGCAAUCUAAUAAAAACUAGAAACAUUUGACAGUUUACAACGCUUCAACACACCUAAAUAAAAUUAAUCAAAGUCAAUCUUGAAGAGGAUGUUUCAAAGAAAAACUUGAUUUUAUACGAUUUAUAGUAACAUCACAAUGUUUCUCCUAUUUUUUCUAUGAGACCUUUUUUUAAUUCGUUUUAUAGAAUACUAAAAUUUGAUUUAGAUUAUGUGAUAUUAGAAACGGUCCCACCGGAAUAUCCGUUUGCUAAAUCCUUCACUGAGUAUCAAGAUGCAACCAGUAAUUCCGAAAACGUAUCAAUAAUAAAUUAUUUAUCUUUUAGUCACUAGUUGAAAGUAAUUAAUUUUUAGUUACAUGUUAGAAACUACUAACGAGACCAGACUUGUAUCAAAACUAGCCAAGAAAACUGCUUUUAGUUAUAAACUUGUUACUGCUUGAUGAUAGGGAUUCAAUACUUCGAAAAAAUGCCCUUCAUAAAAAUAAACCAUUUUUUGGCGACGAAUCGGGAUAUCUUCGAGUACUGUAAUACAGAAAACUGGGAGUCAUUUGAACAUAUUAGCAACUUCUUUUUUGUAUCUAAAACUUUUUAUUAGUGGAGCACUAAACAUUUACCAGUUUAUAUCAUUUAGUACAAAGUUAAAGCUCCAUCCAAAUUGGAUUUCUGGACUGCUUUUUAUUAAAUCAAGUAAACAAUACAACAAAUAACAGAUAACAAAAGUCGGAAACAAAAUAAUACCGCUUGGAAUUGUGGGAGAUGAGAUGAAUAGAUUCAAAGCUGAUUUCAGGAUCAUAGUUUCGAAAUCAAGGUAAUUUCUAGACCGUAGUUUCGAAUCAAGAAAAGAUCAUCCGUUUUGUAAUUUAGUAGUAGUUCAACAAACUACACACCCUUGGCAUUUGUUCUGUUUUAAACUCAAUGUGAAAAACAGGUUUAACCUUCCACUUGGCGAUGCUUCUUAAAACAUAGUUUGAAUAAUAACAAGAAUAUGUUUUAAAAGCGCCAACACAGAUCUUGGAUUUUAGCAACUAUUUGUCCUACAAAUAAACUUGGGUUGCAUCUAAUUACCAAGAGACUAAAUGUAUAGCGAUUAAUGACAGUAGAAGUGCCGGUAACAUACAAAAUCGGUAUCUCGAAGCUACCUCAUUAACCUGCGAACGAAGCAAAGUGACUUAAGACGCAAAUGGCUUAUAUGAUAAAUGUAUUCGUUUUUCAUGAAGAUGUGCGACGUUAAUCUGCGUCAUCUCUUAUGUUAGAAAAAAAUCUCUCACAUUGUAAGUACUUCAUCCUAUAUGCUAACCCUCAAACUGCUAUGGUUCAUAACAUUAUGAAAGUCAUUGAGACAUCAUACAUGGAGUUAAAUAUACAAUUCUUGUUCCGGGUUUUUAUUAUUAGAAGACAAUUUCAGUAUAUGAGGGAUAAUCAAGAAACUUACUGUGAGGCUCCAUUAUUAAAACAAGGUAUCCGUAUUUCAAUGCAACUGAGAAAAAACUGUUAUUAAAACAGAGGUCGAGGCGAGUGACGUUGUUUAGUAAUAAUUAAUUGUAGCCGUUCGCGUUAACAUUAUUUAACAAAAUUUCGUUAAUAUGGAGUGAGAAAUAGAAUUUUAAACUUAUGCUUAAUUUUGAAAACAUGGAUAAAAUUUGCAGAUUGUGUUGAAGGUGAAUAAACUACUGAAUGUAGUCGUUAAGACGAGGAUUCCAAUUCUGUUUCCUGCUAUCUACAGUUGAUAUUAGAUAUAGGCGGCUCUUCAUUUGUGAUCAAACGACAAAAUGCAUGGCCGAAGUAACCGAUUAUGCGCUAAACUAUCCAGUGCAUUCCUGAGGAAGUGGUGGUUUGUGAUAGCAUUCGCAUUGAGCUUACUGAUACUUGGAAUUCUAGUCACAUUUGGAUUUACCACACUAGUUAGAGCAAUAAUUAAUCAUCAAGUAGCGCUAAGGAAAGGAGGGCAAUCGUUCGGAUGGUGGUCGAAACCACCGGUUCAACCAAUUAUACGAAUUUUCGUCUACAACGUCACCAACGCUGAUGAAUUCUUGAAUAACGGAACGAAACCAGUUUUGGACGAGCUUGGCCCUUACGUUUAUGUAGAAACGUGGGAAAAAGUCAACAUUGUUGAAAAUCCAAAUGGAACCAUCAGUUAUAACCAGAAAAGAGUGUAUAUAUUCGAUGAAGAUCAAUCUGGAGGUUCCGAAGAUGAUGUGGUGAUAGUACCAAAUAUACCAAUGUUAAGUGCUACAUCACAAAGUAAACAUGCUGCUAGAUUUCUGCGCCUCGCUAUGGCAAGUAUUAUGGACAUUUUGAAAAUAAAACCAUUUGUUGAAGUUUCUGUGGGUCAACUUCUAUGGGGUUAUGAAGAUCCCCUGUUAAAACUUGCAAAGGAUGUAGUUCCUAAAGAACAAAAACUUCCGUAUGAAGAAUUUGGUCUUAUGUAUGGAAAAAAUAGUACAUCAAAGGAUAGAGUAACGAUUUGGUCUGGCGCUGACGACGUUACUCGUUAUGGUAUAAUUGACAAAUAUAACGGGCGAUCCCAUCAGUCUCAUUGGACAACCGAACGAUGUAAUCGCUUGAACGGAACUGAUGGCUCAAUUUUCCCACCUCAUAUCACUAAGAAUACUACACUUUUUGUGUACGAAAAAGAUCUUUGUCGUAUGUUACCUCUAUCUUUCGAAAAAGAGGUUGUUGUGAAACAUGGUGUACAGGGUUAUAGAUUCACACCGCCACUUAAUGUAUUUGCCUCUGUUGACAUAAACCAGGAUAACAUGUGCUUCUGUCCAGCUGGACCUCCAUGUGCACCAAAUGGAUUAUUCAAUGUUUCUCUGUGUCAGUAUGAUUCGCCUAUUUUACUCAGUUUUCCGCAUUUCUACCUAGCUGAUCAAACUUUGCGAACCGCUGUUGAAGGUAUUUCACCACCGGAAAAAGAAAAACAUCAACUUUUCAUUGACGUCCAACCGGAAAUGGGAACUGCUCUUCGUGCUCGAGCUCGCAUCCAGAUAAAUCUAGCAGUUAGUCAAGUCGUGGAUAUCAAACAGGUGGCCAACUUCCCCGAUAUCGUGUUUCCAAUACUAUGGUUUGAAGAAGGCAUCGAUUCACUUCCUGAUAAUAUUCUAGAUUUAAUGAAGGUUGCGACGACUGUUCCACCAAAGGCAAAAUUCGUGCUCACCGUUGCACUCUUUGCUCUUGGAGGAUUCCUGUUUGUUAUAGCUGUUUUCUGUUUAGUACGAAAAUCACACCGACAAAGCACGUUACAUCUCGAAGGUUCCAAUUACUUAGCAACUGCUUCUGUAGAUCAAGCAAAGAAAAAGGCUAAAAUGGAUAAUGGUAGUCAUACAAAUUAAACACUCCUUAUUGUUAUUAUAGUGAUUGGGAUAUGACUCUUAGGUUUCCAUCUAGACAGUAUGUAAAAUAUUUAUUUUAAUUAAACAAGACAUGGUUCAUGGGAAUGAAAUGCUUGAUAAGUUUGCUCAAUGUAGACAAUUUAGAAAAUCUAUUCGGUAAACAACUAAAACUCUGCGGGAAGAUGCUUAUAACAUAUGUAUGUACAAAAUGCAAAAUACUGAUUUAAGAUAGUUCGAAAAUGAUUGCCAUGCCUUUAUGGCGAAUAGAGUGCGUGAUUAUCCAAACGAAUAAAAACACUUUGCAGUGCUAAAAUUAAGAUACCGAACGAGCUGACAUUACGAUGAUGUUAGAAAUAUCAUUUGAAGAGAAUCUCGAACCAAUCUUAAGAAUCUUAGAGUAUGAAUUUAAUUUUCUUAGGAACAUAGAUAUUUUGGUAAGAACUUUUUAUGAUAAAUAUGUACUUUUUGCUUCAAAAACAUGUAUAACAGGUUUAAACGGUAUAACUGCAAACAUCAGUAAAAAUUUUGAUAGAUAUUGAACAGUUUUAUGCAUUCGUAUGACAGUUCAUAAACAUGUAGCAAACAUCUGAAAAAUACAUAAUUCUAAUUUCACUAUAAGUCAAUAUGCCUUUCCCGUCGAAAGCGGCACAAUUACAAUGUACAACUUAUAAUUUUUACAUUGACACAACUCAUUCCAGCAUCAUGGAAUAUGGUGCAAUAAUAAAUUUGAUAGUUGAA